AUGGCUGGUGAUGGACUUUUUACUGCACGUACUUCAGAAUUAAACUGGAAGCUUGCUCAUAAAAUUUUAAUGCCUGCUUUUGGACCACAAGCAAUUCGAGAUAUGUUUCCAGCUAUGAUGGAUAUAUUGUCACAACUUAUUCUUCGAUGGGAACGUUUUGCUGGAGAAGAAAUUGAUGUUUGUGAUAAUCUUACUCGAUUAACAUUGGAUACAAUUGCUCUAUGCAGUUUCAAUUAUCGAUUUAAUAGUUUCUAUCAGAAGACUAUGCAUCGUUUCGUUGAUGCCAUGGUUAAUGUUCUUGUUGAAAGUGGUAGACGUACUGGACGAUUUUCUUUACAAAAUACACUUAUGGUAUCAACUGCACGUCGAUAUAACGAUGAUAUUGCAUAUAUGCAUAAUCUAUGUGAUGAAAUUGUUAAAGAAAGACGAAAACAUCCAAAUGAUAUUAAUGAUUUACUCAAUCGAAUGAUUAAUGGUAAAGAUUCAGAAACUGGUUAUCAAUUAUCUGAUGAAAAUAUUCGAUAUCAAAUGGUUACUUUUUUAGUUGCUGGACAUGAAACAACAUCUGGACUUCUUUCAUUUACUAUGUAUUAUCUACUUAAAAAUCCACAUGCUUUACAGAAAGCACAAGCAGAAGUCGAUCAAUAUAAUGAAAUUACAGUUGAUACAUUAAGUAAAUUGAAAUAUAUUGAUGCAGUAUUAAAAGAAACACUUCGAUUACAACCUACAGCACCAUUAUUUGUUUUGGAAUCAAUAGAAGAUAACAUUAAUCUACCCGGUGGAUAUGAAGUUCAUAAAAGUGAUAUUAUUAUAGUUCUUUUGUCUCAAUUACAUCGUGAUCCAAAAGUAUGGGAUCGACCCGAAGAAUUUCUUCCUGAACGAAUGUUAAAUGGUGGAUUUGAAAAUCUUCCAUCAAAUUCAUGGAAACCAUUUGGUAAUGGUCAACGUGGUUGUAUUGGCCGACCUUUUGCAUGGCAAGAAAGUCUUCUUGCUAUUGCACUUAUUCUUAAACAUUUUAAUAUUGAUUUUGUUGAUCCAUCCUAUGAUCUUCGUAUAAAACAAACAUUAACAAUUAAACCUGAAGGUUUCAAAAUACGAGUUCAACCACGUCGACGAGCAGAAUUUUCACUUCAUACAAAUAUGAAACAAUCUGAAAAGAUAUUUGAUAAACAAACAAAACAACAAUCUGAUAGAAGUCAUCUUCGACCAAUGUCUAUUCUUUUUGGUAGUAAUUCUGGUUCUUGUGAAUCUUUUGCAGAAACAUUAGCAUCUGAAGCACCUCUUUAUGGUUAUAAUGCUACUGUAGCUACUCUUGAUUCUGCUGUUAGAUCUCUUUCAAAUGAUCGACCUAUUAUUAUCAUUACGGCUUCAUAUGAAGGUAAACCAUGUGAAAAUGCUAAACAAUUCGUAGCUUAUCUUGAAUUAAAACCUAAAUUAGAAAUAAAUUAUGCUGUAUUCGGAGCUGGUCAUCAUGAUUGGGUAAAUACAUAUCAAAAAAUUCCGAUUUAUAUUGAUCAAAUGAUUGAAAAUUCUGGUGGUACAAGAAUUAUUGAACGUGGUAUUGGUGAUUCUGCUGGUGAUUUUUAUGGUGCAUUUGAAGUAUGGAAAGAAAAUCUUUUUCGAAUAUUACGAAAAGAUACUAAUGAUCAAAAUGUUAUUAGUGAAGAAAAACUUUCUAUUGAAAUUGUUAAUACAAAAAGAAAUCUUGGACAAAUAACAGAUUUUGGAAUUAUUUUACAAAAUAAAAUUCUAAUUGAAGCAAAUGAUAUUGGACCUACAGUAAGACAUGUUGAAAUUAAACUUCCAAAAGGACAAACUUAUCGUACUGGAGAUUAUUUAGCUAUAUUACCAACAAAUCCAAUUGAAAUUGUUUAUCGAGUUCUUAAACGAUUCAAUUUAUCUGCUGAUACUCAUAUUAAAAUUCUUUCUUCUACUGAUACUUUUUUUCCAACUAAUUAUCCAGUUAGUGCAUUUGAUAUUUUAAGUGGUUAUGUUGAAUUAGCUCAACCAAUUAGUAAAAAACAAAUUGAAACUCUUGCUACAUUAUGUAAAAAUGAAAAAGAGCAAAUGAAUCUUAGAAAUCUCGGUGGAGAUGUAUAUGAAAAUGAAAUUCUUACUAAACGUAUUAGUAUAUUAGAUAUUCUUGAAUUAUAUCCUUCUUGUGAACUUUUAUUUUCACAAUAUCUUCGAAUGCUUCCAUCACUUCGUAUUCGACAAUAUAGUAUUUCAUCUUCACCUUUAUGGAAUUCAGAAGUUGUAACAUUAACAUUUGAUAUUCUUAAUACUCCAGCAUUAAGCGGAAUUGGACAAUAUUAUGGUGUUGCAUCAAAUUAUCUUUCAAAUUUAAAAGAAGGUAAUCAAAUUAGUUGUACUGUUCGUGCAAGUAAUGUUACAUUUCAUCCACCUGAAGAUACAAAAAUACCAAUUGUAAUGAUUGCUGCUGGAACUGGUAUUGCACCAUUUCGUGGAUUUAUUCAAGAACGAGCAGCACAAUUAGUAUGUGGAAGAGAAAUUGGACCUACAAUACUUUAUUAUGGAUGUCGAUUAGAGGAAGAUUUUUUAUAUGCAAAUGAAUUUGAUAGAUGGUCAAAACUUGGUGCAGUACAAAUUAAAACUGUUUUCUCACGUCAAGGAAUUAAUGGUAAAAAAUAUGUUCAAGAUUUAAUUUGGGAAGAUCGUGAUGAAAUGGCAAAAUUGUAUUGUAAUGGUGCACGUUUUUAUACAUGUGGAAGUGCUCAAAAAUUAGGUGCAUCAGUGAAAACAUGUUUUAUCAAGAUUAUUGCAGAAAUCAAACAAUGUAAUGAAGAAGAAGCAGCUAAAAUUCUUGAAGAAAUAUCAGUUGAUAGAUUUAGUGUUGAUGUUUUUGCAUGA